UUUCAUAAUUCGCGAGUUAGAAGGUCGCACAAGCUGUUCGCGCGCGCGUCGCAGUAGAACGUGAUUCGAGCACUUCUCGUGGGGUUUUUUUUCGCUGUUUUUCGUGUAGUUGUUCGAGGAUCACCUGCCCGACGACGGUGUCUUGCGUCAAAGAACUGGUGUGCUUCCUUAGCCGGUUUGUGCCUUUGGAGUGGAUUUCUUGGAGUGUUUUUUUUUUGGGUGGAUUAUCCAAACUUGGAAUUCGUCGUCAUACGCCCACGUGCCCACUACUUGUUUGUGAUUGAAAAAAAAGUCAAGGAAGAAGAGAGAAGAGCCUGCUUUUUUGUUGUUGUUUUUGUGAGGCAUGAUGAAUUGAGGAAAUGGAAAUACACAUUUCACACGGAUUCAUCGGCUGAUGGAGAUGCUUAUCGGAGCGAAGGAGCCAGCUUCUAGCUUCUAGGAGCCCAGAUUUAGCGUCGGCGAAUGAAAAAGAAGAAUUGACGGGUGGGAAGAAGAAGCAGCUCAGUGUAAUUAAUCGCGUGUAGCCCAAAUGAACGAUAAUGGGAACCCUCAGGAGAGUGCCAGCGACUCAGACGAUGAAGAUUCCCACCGGCGACGGCGGCCAGAAAUAGCCGCGAAUUGAACAGUGAACUGUGCGCGAUCGUAAAGAGUCGCACGCGGAAUGUAAUGUGCUGUGAUAUACAGUCAGUGUGCAUAUAAAGAUUGUCCCGAAAAUAUAAACAAAUAAAUACUCUCCGUUUAGUGUUUGUUGAAGAAAGGAAGAGUGUUGCGUCGAGAUGUUCUCCUCGGCGAACGCGGCCGUCGCCGACGUGAAGAAGUCAAACUGGUUCUCGUCGUUGCGGCGACAACCGAAGCCCAAGAAGACAGCGCAGGUCGCUGAAAGCUUGACCCAGAAGAGUUGCGUCGAUCUGACGUCCAGCAGUCUGUUCCAGGCUGCCGAUCCGUCCGGAGAAGCCGCCGUCCAACCUAGUCCUCCCGAAGUGAUCAAUCCCGCCCAGGAACGACCCUCCGUCUGUACCUGCGAGUGGGUCAAGCUCAACCCUUCACCGCCGUCCCUAUCGCCAUCGUCCGAAACGCACGAAUCGUCCUCGUCCUCCUCGGCGGCCACUAUCACCACGACCGUGGCGCGGAGUUUACGAAGUCACCACCACACCUAUCAACCCCUUCCAACGGCCUCCUCCGAGGACAACCUCACCAGUGAUAGCGCAAACGAUCUCAAAGAUCUGGCGCUGGCCGCCAACGCCAACACCACGAGCAGUCUCCGGAGAAGGCCCCGCCGCAAGGAACAACUCCUCACCUCCACAACCGUAACCACCGUCACCAAAACAACAGUCAUCAACAAACAGAAAACCUACCGCGUCGGUCUCAUCUUCAGCGACGCCGGCGAACUCCUCAACAGCAGUCUCGACCUGCGACAGCUCCUAGAAGAGAACAAACAGGCCCAACUGCUGGACCUCGCCAGCAGCAGUAGCAGCACAAGUGCCAACUCCGAAGUCAACAACAACCGCAAACCGCUGCGACAGUUCAGCAUCCUGGACGACAGCAACUUUGACUUUAUCGACGAUAGUGCGGACCUGUUCAACCGGAACUACUCGGGGAACAACGCCAUCGCCGGCCUGCAGCACGCCAACUCGGCCAGCUCGACGCCAAAGGUUCUGCGCAAGUGCAACAACUGCAAGAACAAAUCCAAUCUAGUCUACAAGCGGAGCGCUAGCUCUCCGCACCGGAAUAAGCAAAUAAACGAUGAGCUGAACGAGGUCGAGUCGGAGAUGAGGGCUCACGAGAACAAGGAGGAGAACAAACAUUCCAAUAAGGAUAAGCAGAUGGCGCUCGGGCGCAAAAAGUUCAACAUGGAUCCAAAGAAAGGCAUUGAAUUUUUGUACGAGAAUCAGCUUCUCAAGAUGGACCCACACGACGUAGCUCAAUUUUUAUACAAAGGAGAAGGACUCAACAAAACAGCAAUUGGCGAUUAUCUCGGCGAAAAGAACGACUUCAACGAGCAGGUGCUGAAGGCGUUUGUGGACCUGCACGAUUUCAGCAAUUUGAUUCUCGUGCAAGCGUUGAGACAAUUCCUGUGGUCGUUCCGGCUGCCGGGAGAGGCGCAGAAGAUUGACCGGAUGAUGGAAUGCUUUGCCCAGCGGUACUGCCAGCUGAAUCCGGACAUUUUCACCAACACCGACACCUGCUACGUGCUGAGCUUUGCCAUCAUUAUGCUGAACACGUCGUUGCAUAAUCCAUCGGUAAAAGAGAAACCAACUGUUGAGCAAUUUAUAUCAAUGAAUAGAGGCAUCAACAAUGGCGGGGAUUUACCGAGAGAAUUGCUUGAGUCUCUGUAUGAAUCCAUUCGGACAGAGCCGUUCAAGAUACCGCAGGACGACGGCAACGACCUGAUGCAUACGUUCUUCAACCCGGACAAGGAGGGCUGGCUGUGGAAGCAGGGCGGAAGAUACAAAUCGUGGAAGCGACGAUGGUUCAUACUGAACGAUAAUUGUUUGUACUACUUUGAAUACACCACCGAUAAGGAGCCACGGGGAAUUAUCCCGCUCGAAAAUAUAGCGGUCCGCGAGGUGCAGGACCGCAGCAAGCAGUUCUGCUUCGAGCUGCACGCCAGCGGCGGCGCCGAAAUCAUCAAGGCCUGCAAGACGGACUCGGAGGGCAAGGUGGUCGAGGGUAAGCACACCGUGUACCGGAUGUCCGCGGCCAGCGAGGAGGAGCAGCGCGAGUGGAUCAAGUGUCUCAACCAGUCCAUCAGCCACAAUCCGUUCCACGACAUUCUAGUGCAAAGGAAGAAGAAAGCCCUCGCGAAAAGUUAGUUAGCGCUGUCGUGUUUGAAAAAUUAGAUUAACCUUUAGUUUUUCAAAAGCUCUCCGGGCAAACACACACACACAUAUGAACACAUACUAAAAGCUACUUGAUACUACUCUCUAACUGUUUUGUGUGUGCGAAAUGCUGAAUCUCAGAGAAAAAAAAACAAUUGCGUGUGUGUUACUAUUCUCCUUUUUGCCCCAUUUUUCCGCGUUGAAUGUGAGUGUGCGAUUUGUGCUAAUAACCGAAGAGAGAGGGAAAGCGCGGACCUUUUUGGCAUUCUCCAGCAAAACGUUCAAAGUCAACGGACGAUGUGAAAUGAAAAUCAAGAAACAAAAAAAAACAAUGCUGAAAAUGUCUGAUAAAUCAAAACUAAAACUAAUUUUCUACAUACAUAUUAUACACGCAUCCCCCUUCAUAUCAUACUCUUAGACAUCAUUAUUGAUUAACGGAUUCCGCAGUCACGUCGCAUCUCUGUAUUUUGUAAACACACUUGUACACAUUAUCGUUUAUUAUUUGUUAAUUUAUGUACACAUGUUUUUUGCGCUCCGUCGUUUAAGUAAUUUGAAGCUCUGUAUCAUAAAGACGAAAAAAAUAGAAGCAGGUUGUCUCCUCUUUCAGUGAAAACAUUGAAGAGGGAUCAAAACAAACAAGUUUAGGUUAAGUUUAGUUGAAAUGCUAGAGCUAGGAGACUUGUUGUUUUCCAGUUUGUUGUACAGGGUUUUACGAUUUUUUUGUACAGGAUGAAUCUGCUCGCGGUUGCAUUUUUUUUGUUUCUGGGGUCUUGAGAUUAGUCGGCACUGCCAUCAUUUGCAUUUAAAGUUGAAUUUAAAAAUUUUACUGACUCAAAAAUAUUUGGUUUUCUUUAUAAUUGUGUUGAUAAAAUCUAAGUUUUAAAACUUGCUAUUUUUUAUUAUUUCAAUUAUAAAAUUUUCAGUUUCUGCUCAUUAAAAUGACCAGAUACUAACUAGGAUGUUUUUGUUUCCAGUGUAAUUUUGACAAAUUAAAAGUUUUCAAACAUUAAGUUUCCAUAUAAAUCACUCAAAUUCGUAACAGCGGCCAGGCACACGCUGUAAUGUUUACCGCUGGGAUAAUUCGUUCAACAAAGUUUGAACAGUUAUUUUCAAGCGAUUCUUUUUCUUUCCGUUUAUAAAGAAGAUAGAGUUAUUGCGCAAUUCCUACUAACUUGGACUCCACACUAAAUUUUUGCCAUCGAUCGCACUAUUGCGACUUUUGAAACUGGAUUGGGAAAUUUAAAAUUCCCUUUAAAAUGAUCAGAGCGAGUCGAGGUUAUUCGCAAUUUUAAAAGAGUGAAUGUCCAUGAUUGUCUUUUGCAAGCAGAACAUAACCAAACUUUUCGGCACCCUCAGCAAACGUAAAAUCAAUACAAAAUUGCUGCCGGAUCUUUUCCGGAUCUCUUCCGGAAAAGAUCCGGGCGGCAAUUUUGUAUGGCUUAACGUUUGCGGAGGAUUUCGAAAAAAGCUAAACAAAUCACUUCGACCAUCAGCAAAAAAAAAAAAAACUGAAAGUGUAAAUAAAUAACUACAGUCAUCCCUCAUAUUCGGAACAGUUUACAGAUCGGCCAAUGUUGAAAAAAUCAUAGAAAAUCGAUAAUUGAACUAAAUGAUUCGCUUUUACACUCAUUUGAAAGCUUUUCUUGCGCUCUUUCGGACUGUAUCGAACAACUGCAAAUUUCAACUUUUAUAUCACUUUUUUCUUACGGAUGUAAACAAACUUUGGUUCUCUCCAUGAGUGCAUAAUUUUUACAAAAUAAUGACUUCACGCACUGAAACCAGCGAAACUGAAGCUUAGUUAUGUUUAAUGAAUGGUCUGAACACUUUUUUUUUUGUAAAAAUAUCAAUUAAAUUCAGGUGUUCCACAAUUGUGGGAGGCACCAGAGCUGAAAAUGUCAGGGGUCCUGACGCGAAAAUCGGCGACGCGUACACGAUUUUUUCAGAUCCAUUCACUGAACCGCAAAACCGUGACAUAAACAAACCCGACUCAGUCGUGAGUGCCCUAGUUCACUGAGCAGCUGCAAUGCGAGGCAGUAGUCGACCAACGCUCAUUCGACGUUGCACGCACACACAUAAAGAAACAAGUUUUUACACAAAAAGUUGGUAUUUAUGCGUGGAAAUGUAAUUUUGAAUAUAAGUUAUGGUUGUUUUAAGUGUUUUGCACAGUCUAGAACCAUUCAAUUGUUUAAAAAUAGUCAAAAUAGUGUUUAGAGAGGAUUUUACGAGUCAGUCAUACGACACGAAUUGAGUGAGUGUAGCUAAUUUUUUCACGUCUCUCAUUCUCCAGCAGCCGACCGGCACGAGUCAGGCGGCAGUGGUUGAACGGACACAGUAGGCUUACAGUCACAUGCUAGCAGUGAACUGACAUUUUGGUUUGCUUCAUCUGUACGCUGGGUUGGAAACAUUUUGCAGGCCUGGGAGGCACAAUAACAUCCCACAAUUAUGGAACAGGCAAUUUGGAGGCGAUGUUUUGCUGCUCUGGAUAAAAUAGUCUUGAGAUGCAGUUUUUGUUUUAAACGUUUUACUUUUACUAGUGAAAUAGCAAGAGAAUGUCCAAAUAAAGGUCCUAAAAAAAUUAGGGUCGACAGAAAAGCUGCGUUUGGCAUGCUUUUGACAAAUUAUCACAAAAGUGUUCCGAAUAUGUGGGAUGACAGUCGUGCGUGAGAAAAAUCCAAGUUACAGUGCAAGAAUCAAUAAACAAAAGCCAAUAUUUUGUUGUUGAUGGGAAACAUUGUUCGCAAACAUCAUCUUACCUAUGACAGUUUUGACAUUUUUAAGGUUAUCAAAAAGUUUGCGAGGCUACAUGAAUUGUAACGAACAAACUGUUAAUUUACGUUCGACUCGUUUGCUAGUGUUCAAAACACGACGUCAAGAUCGUCAUCGGCGACUUAAUCGGUCAAGUUAUCCAAGAGUUGGAUGGUUCAGCGUCCACAAGCAGACGAACGAGAACGGCCUACGACUCAUCGAUUUUAAUACCUCCUGAAACAUGGCCAUACGUAGUAUCUACCUGGAGAUCACCAAACGACACGGAGACACAAAUCGACCAUGUUCUCAUUGAUGGUCGGCACUGCUCGGCCAUAAUCGGCGUCAGAAGGCAAGGCAAAGCUGCGCAAACGCCUAUCCGAGGUCAGCAAGAUCCGGUACCGACGCGGUAUAUUCUGGAGCGACUCAAUGACCAUGAGGUUGCUGGCCAGUACGCGCGGGAACUCGAAGCUGCGUUGCCUGAUGAAGGUGAGCUCGCCGAAGCCCCUCUGGAGGCCUGCUGGAGCCAUAUGGAAGCAGCCACUAACGCAGCGGCAUUCCAGGAACCACUCAGCUAUUUUUACUAUUUUUUUGCGUGCGAUUGCAAUCACUCUGUCCAGUACACGAUGGCUCGCUACUAAAUGAUUGAUUAUACCCAGAAGUAGUAGUCCGGUAGGAAAUCAAUUAUUAGUUCAGCUGGAAAGUUUAAUCCCUCCCCACUACCAGGAGGGUUGGGGCGGAGCGGGUCGAAACUAGCAGGAAGCUCCGCCAACUGGGAUUCGCAGCACACAAAAAAUCCCACCAAUCCCAGUAGCCAAACACUGACGUGUAACGUCAAUUCACUGAUGCGCGAUGCACAAUUCACCUCCUCCCAUCGCGCCAUUUAAUUGAAAAUACUAAUUAACCGGGUGUGUAACGAAUUAAUCCCCUCCCCCGCCCCCCUCAACUCAUUCCAUUACUCGGAAUCAAUGCAAUUUGUGCAAAAUUGAUUUUCGCCCUGUCUGCGUGCGUGCGCGUGUCAGACGCAGAUCAGACAGGGAAUUUAAUUUGCAACCCCGACGCGGCGUGAAAGCAGGCCAUGCGUUACGGUUCGAUGCGUUUACGAAAUUUCCAGCGUGGUGAUGGGGUUGCGGUCAGUGCUGACUAGAUUACGGAUUCCUGGGGAGAACAAAUGUGACCGCGUGGCGAUUAGGUUCGAUUAGUCCCAAAGUUAAAACAAGUGACAACAAGUUAGAGAAGCAUGUUUGUUUGCACACACCACGCGUGAAUCUGUGAUUUUAUGAUAUAGGUUACAUGAAUGUGCCGACUUUGCUGCGAUCAUCGUGCACACGCGGUGAUUCUGGUGAACUCAGGAUUCAUUGAUUUGUAUUGUAAUUGCGAGGUGGUUCAUCUUAUCAUAAACGUUUUAUCAACUCAUCAACACAUAUAGAGAAAAAAAACUCAAUAAUCAAACUUGCUAGUAACUAUUUAUCUUUGUACCAAACUGUGUAAAAAAAAGCAAAUGUCCCAAUGAAAAAAAUAUGCCUCCCAAACGAACAAACCAGAGUUGCUUCCGAAUAUUUGCGCGAAGAAGAGAAGUGUGUGUGGUCAAUAAAACAAGCAAAGCAAAGACAUCAAUCGUGUAGUGUUGUAACCUUUAUCGAUUGUAUUGUAAUGUUAAAAAAAUCUUAAACAUACAAAAAACAUAUACACCACCAUGCAUGCAAAUGAUAAAACAGUAACAAAUAGCCCACACAUAUACAUGUAUAUCGCCUUUAAUUGGUCUGAGUAAAGUGAGAAAAUUUAGGUUGUUGAUUGUUUUUAUAAAGAGAAAGAGUUAAACAGAUCUAUUUUUGAGCUUACAGCAGAAGCUCUCUUCACUCUCCCAUUACCGGCAAAAAGAUGUGACAUCGUGACGUCACAUCUUUUCGCCGCAGGUGAGAGAGGAAAGAGAGAGUUUAGCAGCAAACUCUUCUCCCAACGGCAACGAAACGAGCAAAUUGAUACGGGAUUUUAGUUAGCGAAGCUGGUUAGGACACGGAACACAAAAACGCGUUUGUGAGGCCAUCAUUUUUGUUGAUUGUUUGAUAAGUUGUAGUAGAACCGAACGGGGUUGGUUUUUUUAAUAUCUUGGCUGGCGGCGCGGUUUCGGGGCCGCCAGCAUUUUAAGUGGAACACAAGCUGCAUAAAGACACCUUUUAUCCCGAUGAGAGGACUUUUAGAUAAAAUUCUAAGUGUAAAUAUAGGUAUUCGGUGCCCUCUCCCCGUGCCCAUACCUUCACACUUAGGAGACCCGGGAGGCGGAGUCUUGUCGCAAAAAGAACGAUACACGCCUGUGGAUCCGUUGACGAAACCGCAAGGUUUAAGAGGGCCACAUUAUAAGGUGUUACGUCGAUUCCGUUUUUUUUUUUUUUUUUAGAUAAAACUGUACGACGAGUGGAAAGGGCGAGGAAAAGGAAAACAAUUAGCUAAAGUGUAUGUUACGAUACUAUGAAUAUACUACCUAGUGGGACAUGAUUAAAAUAGAAGAUUAAAAAAACAUUUUUUACCAAAACAAAACAAAACAAAAACCUCA